GUUUAGGCCAGCUAAAAUUUUCUUUUCUGUAAAGGCAGAAAUUGAGUUGGGCUGCACUAUUAUAAAUUGCGUCGAGUAUGCUAAUUACUUUCUGAGUUAUGUCAAGUUGUGAUGAUCGAGCUGGACAAAAAUAAAACAUUACAAAACUACGAAAAUUACUCAGCAACAAUAUUCCUGAAUUUUUCAGUUUCCUAAACUGAUUAGAUCAAGACAAGAUGAGUUUCAAUGCGUUAAGAAAAACAGUUGGUAACUUCAUUGCUGGAAAUGACACAUCCUCAGAGAAAAAGCCAGAGACUAAACCAGAAGGGGCGUCAACAAGUAGUUAUGAUGAGAAGAAUGCACCACACAGUAAACUACCAUUAGAUACAUAUUACUAUCCUGGUACUAGGUUUUGUUAUUAUCUGAUGGAUAUUGAAGUGACUCGAGUUGGCCAUUCUGGUACAAUGGGUUAUAUAACUGGGAGCGCAAAACAGGACAGUGACAUCACCAAGUUUUAUGGUGAGAUCUACAGACAUUAUGCUCAUGGCUGGAUGUUGGACACGUUUUAUGAAGUUCCUGGUAUCGGCAAAAUUGGUUGGAGCGCUUCUUCUUCACCCUUUCAAUUUGUCUAUAUCAAGCCAAUUGCAAAUGCCCCAGUAGCUCACACAUGGGACCUAAAAAUUGGAAAGUGUUUCAUUCAUACACAGUUAGUUUCUGGUAUCAUUGGAAGACAAGAUCAUAAUGUUGCCAACACUACUGGAGUUACAAAUAUGAUCAAACAGUUUGCUGCGACAGGUGGAAGAAUGAUUGGAAUUGAGUUCACGGGUGAAAGACAAAAACAAUCUGGAAUGGCAAUUGGGAAGAGCGAUUUGAUGGGUGUAGACUUGCUGUUCAAUGUCCCAAAACAUCCCAAACCAACCUUGUACAGUUAUCAAUGCGUGAAUGUCCCGGUUCGUAUAAUGUAUCUUGGAACAGGAAAACUUGUGAAGGUUGAGUGUGAUUGGAUGCAACAUUUUGCAGGACCUUUACAGCAAGGUUGGAAACUUAUUGAUAUUUUUUGGGACCAGAGCAAGAAAAGUCAUGGAGAUCUUAGUUUAUCAGGAGACCACAAUUCCAUUUGGUUUUUUGAAAAAGAAACAAGCAAGCUGAGGAUAAAUGCACCUGUUUGGGAAGGAACCAUUGUGGAAUAUAAACACACAGUCAAGAUUGGUCUUGGCUCAACAAAACCAAAAAGUGAUUGGACGCCAAUGUUUACAGAAAUGGGGAAUCGAGGCUGGGAGCUUGCCUGCAUGCUUGAAUCCCCUGAAAUUACCAGCGUUGGUCUUGGAACUAUUACAUAUAAAGUUUACUUCUUCUUUCAACGUCUAAUAAUGCAACCAGCUCCAGGGGGGUACCCCUCUCAAGCUUAUCCUCAAGCAUAUCCCCUUGGCCCUCAACCUAACCCUCCUUAUAAUUACCCUGCCCAACCAGGUUACCCUCAAGCACCACCCCCUUAUGGACAAGGUCCUCCUGCAGGCCAAGGAGCAGGUGCAUAUCCAUAUCCUCACCCCACCGCCCCACCUCAUGGCGGUGCUCCAGGUCGACCAGCCCCCCCAGGUGGCAUUCCUCCUGGUGUGCCUUAUAAGCAAUAAAAAAAUUAGCGGAGACUGGAUACGUGUAGCGCAGCUUAGAUUUUGACUUCAUUGUUAUGAACAAGUCGUUUUCACUGGUGUCGAAUAGUCCGGAUGAAAUUUUUCCGGUUUUUUUUUAUAUUCAAAUCGUUGUCGAUUGAAUACACCAAGCAAUAUCAACCGUGCACCUUGACAUGUUCAUGACAAUGACAAUCAAAUUGGAAAUUAAUGGAAACCAGGCUUUCUAAGUGUUGAAAUGAAAAAGACAGCUUGUACAUAAGUAACCCUACCUAAUUAAUCUUCUGUUGUAUCUCGUAUUUC